CUGCUAGCCAAUUAUCCCCGCAAGUUGACCUCAGAAGGUCGAUUUUUCCUUUUUGGUCAACUUCGUGAAGGUCGGCGUCAUAACGUUGGUCUGUUACUCUUGCUUACACAACACUCAGUUAGUCAACUCAGUCAUAUUAAUGUAUUAAUCUAACGAAAGUACUCAAUUAACACUAAAUAAUCAAGUUUAUGCAAUUAUGAAUGUCAAAUGCGCACUCUUUGUUCAAGUCCGUGGAGGUUUUUGUUUGUUUCUUUUCUGUGUUUGAAUUUUCUUUCUGUAUUACUGUAAGAUCCGCUCUAGCAUUAGCAGUAGUCGGUAGGUGUGGGAGUAUUAAAUUUUGAGGUGCCGGCCGGGGUACCUCAUCUCCCCCAUUAAAAGCCUCGGGAAACCCAUAACAAUUCAAACACCCUUCAUUUUCUUCUCCUCUCACAUAACAUACCCACUGACACGAUUCCCUUCUCAUGGCGGCAUUAGCAGUGACGAGGACAAGCGCCGUCCUCCUCCUAGUGGUGGUAGGGCUGGCCGUCACCGACGCGCAGGCGCCGGCGGGGGCUCCGUCGGCUGCGGCGGAGGACUGCAUGACGGAGUUGCUGGGGAUGUCGGGUUGCUUGACGUAUGUGGAGGCAGGGAGCAACCUGACGAAGCCGGACAAAGGGUGCUGCCCGGAGCUGAAAGAUAUAGUGAACAAUCACCCAGUUUGUUUGUGCAAACUUCUGGCUGACCCCAACAAUAACAGUGUGGGAAUCGCAAUUGAGGUGAAGAAGGCCCUCAAUCUCCCCACUGCUUGCAAGAUUGAUUCCCUUUCUCCCAGCCUCUGCUCAAUUUUAGGUAUAAACGUUGCUGGAGUACCUGCUCCCGCUCCUGCUGAAGGGCCAUCAUCUGGUGCAGGAAGUCCAUCUAGUGUAACAGAUGGUAGUGGCGGGUUAGCGUCAAGUCCGGCUGCUGGGAAGGGGGCCAGUGCUGCUCCAAGAACCACCUUCUUUCACCUCUGUCAUUCCCUUCUUGCCUUGGCUGCUACCCUUUCCUUUGCAUCUUUUCUUUAACUCUUAUCAACCAAAAUUCAUUAAAUUGAUUUCUCAUCAUUCAUGUCGUCUUUAUUUUUCUACUUUGAGGGAAUGUUCAUGUCCUAAUUAUGUAUCAGUUUGUCUAAAAAGAGCUAUGUUUACGAUAUCUCUGAUAUUCUCCUGACAUUUCAUGGUAUAUAUGUGUAAUGUUUGCCCUCGGUGUUGCUAUUUCAUCUACUAAUGAGUGUAAUGAGUUCGCGUUUCGUAUAUAGUUUUUGUAUAUGUUUAUUCUACAAUCUACACGUGAGAUGUCAAUGUUACAUGGUGCAUGUAUGACAUGAGAAAGAUUAA